UGCUAAAAUUCCCAGAUGGGUUUCUGCUACCAAAGCAUUCUGCAUUUCGUUUUCACGGUUUCCCUCGUGUUCUUUCGCCGAGCAAACGCGAGCCAACAACAGUACUACAAUGAGAGUGCAUUAAUGAGAGGUAGAAACCAAGCCAGAGGAUGCAAUCUGUUCCAAGGGAAAUGGGUUUUCGAUCCUUCGUACCCGUUCUACGAUUCCUCCAAAUGUCCCUUCAUAGAUCCCGAAUUCGAUUGCCUUAAAUACGGCAGACCUGAUAAGCAGUUUCUUAAAUACGCCUGGAAACCUGAUGCUUGUAGUUUGCCGAGGUUUAAUGGAGUGAAUUUUCUGGGAAAAUGGAGGGGAAAGAAAAUCAUGUUCGUGGGUGACUCACUGAGUUUGAACAUGUGGGAAUCAUUGGCGUGUAUGAUCCAUGCGUCGGUGCCUACUGCAAAGACGACAAUUGUCAGAAAGGACCCUUUGUCUUUUGUUAUUUUUGUGGGUUAUGGAGUAACCCUGUAUUUCUAUCGAACACCAUACUUGGUGGAUAUAGUGAGAGAGAGGGUUGGUGCAGUGCUUCACCUGAACUCCAUCAAUGGCGGCAAUGCAUGGAGAGGGAUGGACGUACUGGUUUUCAACAGUUGGCAUUGGUGGACUCACCAGGGAAAAUCCCAAGCAUGGGAUUACAUAAGAGACGGGCGUGGAUUGUACAAAGAUAUGAACCGGCUUCAGGCGUACUACAAAGGGCUUGCAACUUGGGCUAACUGGGUUGACACCAAUGUUGAUCCUACCAAGACCAGAGUCUUCUUCCAAGGCAUUUCUCCCACCCACUACGAGGGCAGGGAAUGGAACCGACCGAAAAGGAGCUGCAAUGGAGAAUUACAGCCACUGUCAGGGUCAAAGUACCCAGCAGGAGCACCACCAGCCGCUGCAAUUCUGAACAAAAUCCUGGGGAACAUGAAGAAACCAGUGUACCUGCUCGACAUCACAACACUGUCUCAACUCAGAAAAGACGCCCAUCCUUCCACUUACAACGGGCAACAUUCCGGCAACGAUUGCAGCCAUUGGUGCCUCCCCGGUUUACCUGAUUCAUGGAACCAGCUCUUAUAUGCAGCUCUUGUUAUGUGACAAAAAUGGUCCACUCCGGACAUUCAAUGAUUAUUUUAUUUUCUUCCUAUAAUUUGUACGUUUAGGAUUAAGGGCGACCAAUGAUCAAAUGUAAAGUGAUUAAUUCUUUAAACCCAAAAAUAAACUGUUCAAAUUUGGGUUGUAACACUCUCUCACGGUGUUUGGAUGCGUGAUUGCUCUAUUAUCA